AACUUAUAAUUGGCGAUGUGAGCUAGAGGAGCAGUGACCCCAAUAUCAUGCACCUUGGUGUUCCAUCCUGCUGGCCUACUAGGGGCAUCAUGUAUUAUGAAUGAGACUGACUUGCCUUCUAUCAUUGGUCUGACUCGGAUUAGACUAGUCACUGCAGGCGCUACAUCACAAUCCAAUCCACUACUUACCUGGAAAACAUCAAAAGGUCCGAGUCAGGGUCCCAACGAUUACUCCGAUUCACAAAACUAUGUCAACAGAGCCCAGCACCGCUGCUGAUCUGAAACAGUGGCUUGCUUCCUAUGGCGGUUUUUUCCAUCCACUCGUUUCUUUGUCCCAAGGAAAAUUCGGACUCUCUGCCAUCGCGCAGAAUACUAUCAGUGCUGAUACGACUAUCGUUUCUUGCCCAUCAUCACUGAUCAUCGACGUGAAGCGUGCUCUGCAUGCUCUGAGCGCGCUAUUAGGCGAUUCGACUCUUGUUGGCCUACAGUCGUGGUCGGAAAGACAACUUAUUUGCACGUACAUCUGCUUCCAUUGGAUUUUUUCCGAUUCAAGCCCAUUUCCUGAUGUACUUCUACAUUUGCCUUACCUGAAGAGCCUUCCACCUGUAGAUGCACUGCUAACGCCCCUUCACUUCACGCCGUCUGAACUCGAGGCAUUCCGAGGAACUAACAUCUACGGCGCUACCCGUGAUCGUCAGGAAAGCUGGAUUGCUGAGUGGAGGCAGUGUCAAACCUUCAUCCAUGCCGUUAAUCAAAACUGGGCUGAAAAGUACACCUGGGACAAAUAUCUGACAGCAUCAACGUAUCUUUCAUCCCGCGCAUUUCCAUCCGACCUGCUUCUAUCUCGAUCUCCUACACAAUCCCCUAUACUGCAGACCACCUCCUCGAGUUAUCCGAUCUUACUUCCUGGCGUGGAUACCCUCAAUCAUUCUCGUGGACAGCCUGUUACUUGGUGUACGUCUUACCCGAAAGGAAAUACAGAAGAAAGGGACGAUGUAACCGCUAUUUCCAUCACGUCACACACUACGACGCAACCUGGUGAAGAAAUAUUCAAUAACUAUGGACCCAAAGCGAACGACGAGCUGAUCCUCGGAUAUGGCUUCUCGCUUCCACAGAACCCGGAUGACAAGAUUGCCUUACAGCUAGGCGGCUCCCCUAACAAGUGGGAGAUUGGUCGUCAUGCGAGCCGUGCAGAGGGACUCUGGAACGAAGUGAGACAAUUAGUCCCUGCAACUCCGGAGAAGUAUUUCGAUGAUUUAGAUGCUACGAGCGAGCUGUUAGAAAUAGUCCAAAAGAAGUAUGAUGGUCUUCCAGAGGUCCCGGACGAGAAGGACGCCGCCAUACGCCCAGCUGUGAGACUCAUGCUGGAACAUUACCUAGAAGGGCAACGUGACAUCCUCCUUUCGUUGAAGUUGUAUUGUGGGCAGAAACAAGAGGCCAUAAUAGAGGCAGCCAGGCAAGAAGGCAUUGAAGUCAUACUUGACGACGAAUGAAUACUUCUGCUUCACGAGUAAAUACAUGUACAAGGAGACUCGCUGACAAUGACUACCUCCCGCCCUGAUAAAUAAGGUUCAGGUCCCUACAUGGGAAGGUUCAGACGAUGUAAUGUCAGGACUCGGGCGGGUGAUUUUUGGUGCUGCGGAUCUACUAGGUCCUUUAGAAGUAUCUGCAACACCAAAAAUCAAAGGAUCGUGGUCUGACUUGAAAAUAAGACCAUCAG